AUGCCUAUCUCAAACGGUGAUGCUGCCACCAAUGGCACCCCUCUUCGACGAAACAUCGAGAAGUUGGAUUAUCGAGACGCGCUCAAGGUGCUCGAGUCCGAGUACCCAUCUAAAGAUGGACUCGACAUUCAUACUCUCCUCGACUCCAGAGAGAACGGUGCCCUGACAUACAAUGACUUCCUCGUUCUGCCUGGAUACAUUGGUUUUGCUGCCGCUGAAGCCACCCUCGAUUCUCCAGUCACCAAACGCAUCUCUCUCAAGACUCCCCUUCUCUCCUCGCCGAUGGACACCGUCACCGAGGAGAAGAUGGCCAUUCAUAUGGCUCUGCUCGGCGGUUUGGGUAUCAUCCAUCACAAUUGCUCAGCCGAUGACCAAGCAGACAUGGUUCGAAAGGUGAAGAGAUACGAAAAUGGUUUCAUUUCAGAGCCAUUGGUUCUCUCACCAAAUACCACUGUUGGAGAGGCGAAAGAGUUGAAGGAGAAGAUGGGUUUCGGUGGCUUCCCUGUCACAGAAACCGGUGAACUCAAAUCCAAGCUGAUCGGUAUCAUCACCACUCGUGACAUUCAAUUUCACCCACGGCCCGAUGAUCUUGUCACAGAGGUCAUGACAAAAGAUCUCAUCACUGCACCUGCCGGUACCACUCUGGCUGAAGCUAAUGCUGUCCUGCGUGAUUCUCGAAAGGGCAAACUACCCAUCGUCGACAAGGACGGCAACAUGGUAUCCCUUCUUUCUCGCUCCGAUUUACUCAAGAACCUGAACUAUCCACUCGCAUCGAAACUCCCUCAUUCCAAACAAUUGAUCGCUGCAGCAGCCAUCGGUACUAGACCUGAUGACAAGAUCAGAUUGCAAAAGCUCGUAGAUGCUGGUCUCGAUAUUGUGGUCCUGGACAGCAGUCAGGGGAACAGUAUGUAUCAAAUUGAAAUGGUCAAGUAUAUCAAGGAGAAGUAUCCCGAACUCGAUGUGGUGGCUGGAAACGUCGUUACUCGAGAUCAGGCAGCCAAUCUCAUCGCUGCUGGUGCCGAUGGCCUGAGAAUUGGCAUGGGUAGCGGCAGUGCCUGCAUUACUCAGGAAGUUAUGGCUGUCGGCCGACCACAAGCUGCAUCAGUCUUUGCAGUAUCUUCCUUUGCAGCCCGUUUUGGAGUUCCCUGCAUCGCUGAUGGCGGCAUUCAAAACGUCGGUCACAUCGUCAAGGGCCUUGCCAUGGGUGCCUCGACUGUAAUGAUGGGAGGUCUGCUUGCCGGUACUACUGAGUCCCCAGGCAACUACUUUGUUAGUCGCGAGGGUAAACUCGUCAAGGCAUACCGUGGUAUGGGCAGCAUUGAUGCCAUGGAAGACAAGAAAGCAGGUGGAGGAGCCAAGAACUCCAAAGCCAGCAACGCAGGUACAGCACGAUACUUCUCUGAAGGUGAUCGACUGCUGGUUGCACAAGGAGUGUCUGGAUCAGUCCUUGAUCGUGGAUCCGUCACCAAGUUUGUACCCUACCUGCUUGCUGGUCUUCAACACUCUCUCCAGGAUAUUGGUUCCAAGAGCUUGGUGGAACUCCGCGAAGAUGUCAUCAGCGGCAAAGUCCGGUUUGAACUCCGAACGCCCAGUGCUCAAGCAGAAGGUAACGUUCAUGGAUUGGAUAGCUUCGACAAGAAGCUCUAUUCAUGA